UCUAAAAAUUUCCAGUCUUUCUAGUUACCAUUGUCUUGACACUUGACAAAAACCUCAAAAUUUCAUCCCAAAAUGGCAAUGGCAUGUAUCAAAUUCAGACCCAUACUUUCCACCUCAUUAAGGUCCAUUUUUUCCAGUUCAAAAAACACCAUCUCAACCAUUAAUUACCCAAGAUGGACAGGUCUAAACAAUUGGAGACACACUUCCCUUAACCACAACCGUUUUUGGGGACCCAAUGGACCUGAUAUUCUACCACAACACUCAAAUCCAAUUCAAGAAUCAACUUCAUUGGACUCAAUCUCAUCUGCCACUUCACUUGCUGAAAUGGGUGCUGCUGUUCUUUGUACAAGUGAUCCUUUAAUGAAAUCUAAACUUUCCCAUUUAGCUUAUUGUAGGUGGAUUCAAGAGGGUCUUCCUGUUGGAACUUUUGAACCACCGGGUCGGCCUGCCCGACCCGAAAAACCCCAACUGGUUCCACCCAAGGAAAUUCCGUCUCCUAAACACUCGGGUUUAUCUCUCAAUGCCUAUAUGCUUCAUAAUCUUGCUCAUGUGGAGUUAAAUGCUAUUGACUUGGCAUGGGAUACUGUUGUCCGUUUCUCACCAUACAGUGAUCUUCUCGGUGCUGGGUUCUUUGCUGAUUUUGCUCAUGUGGCUGAUGAUGAGAGUCGUCAUUUCGCUUGGUGUUCCCAGAGAUUAUCUGAGCUUGGAGUCAGCUACGGUGACAUGCCUGCUCAUAAUUUGCUUUGGAGGGAGUGUGAGAAAUCUUCAAACAAUGUUGCUGCACGGCUAGCUUCAAUCCCACUUGUCCAGGAAGCGAGAGGUCUUGAUGCGGGCCCUCGGCUGGUGCAAAAGCUAAUUGGCUUUGGAGACCAUAAAACUUCCAACAUUGUGGCUAGAAUUGCUGAUGAAGAAGUUGCACACGUGGCUGUGGGUGUCUUCUGGUUCGUUUCGGUUUGUGAGAAACUGGGAUGUACCCCUUGCACAACUUUUAGAGAUUUACUAGAGGAAUAUAACGUGGAGUUAAAAGGACCAUUCAACUAUUCGGCUAGAGAUCAAGCUGGUCUUCCACGAGAAUGGUAUGAUCCUUCUUCAAGUGUAGAAGAUACGCAAAAGAAGCUAUCUCAGGUUUGUGAUCGGUUGGAAUGCAUAAUUGCUAUGGAAAAGGAGAACACGAGUCUAGAUAGUCGAUGAUUCCUAUAUCGAGGAACUGAUUCUACUUGAAGAGCAAAUUACUGCAGCAGUUAACAACUCCUGCUAAUAUUUUCGAGAACUAGUUUGUUAGUACUUCCCAAAUCAAACAGAGCCUAGACUAUUGACCUCAGAAUCUUAAAGUUUCCAGCUAACUUCUGAUGGUUUGCAGACCGGAUGGCAUCAGAUUGGAUCGAAUAUGGCCUUUUCUUGUGACAGAACCUGACAUAAGAUUGAGGUCUUCAGCAGUGGUGGAGCCACAUACAAGGACGAUGGUUCAGUUGAAUCCCCGUCAAAAAUUAUACUGUACAAAUAAGGUAAAAAUAAAAUCUUUUGUAAUGUCCUGUAUAUAAAUAUUUGAAUCCUAUUCUUAUAACUGCAGCUUUUAGUGUACAAACAAAUAUGCAUUCCGGCAUUUUCUUUAAUUGACUUGUUAGAAAUCCUGGCUCCUUA